AUGCUUGCAAACGAUCAAAAUAAAAUUAGUCAAAAAAAAAUGAGUUCUGACUAUGCUAAGCCAUAUUCGGACUUUAUUGGAGCAUUUGAAAAGCUUUUUCUUAUAAAGUCCGAUGAAUCUGUUGAAUACAUGUGUGAUAUCAUCACAAAUACUUUGAUUUCGAAAUAUCAACUUACCAAAAGCCAACUCACCGAGAUCAUUUUAGAGGCACUUCGAUAUAAUUAUGCAUCAGGAGAAAAUUAUAUAAAAAUUCUCAAGAAUAUUGGCUUUGAUAAUAAGAAACUUUCGAAUUUAACAUUCCCAUUGGAGGGUUCAGUCGAAUUUAUUGUUAUGCAUGAUCAAAUUGAUAAAUUUAAGGAAUAUAUUUCACAAAGAGGACUCAAAAAUGAUAAUUUUUUAAAAAUUCCUAAAUUGAAUCAAAAUAGUCAUUUAUAUUUAUCAUUAAUUGAAACAUGUGCAUAUUUUGGAUCAGUAAACAUUUUCUUUUUCUUAAUUUCAAGCCAAAAGUAUACAAUAUCAAAAGAAUGUCUUCGAUAUUCUUUGAUUGGUAGAAAUACUGACAUUAUCAACGAAUGUUUAAAGGGAAACCAGAUGGACAAAUAUUGUCUCAGAGACAUUGUGUGUUCGCAUAGCAACGAAAUGCUUGAAUUUGUUUUAGAAAGAAAUAUUUUUACUUAUAAAGAUUUCGAUGGAGAAAACUCAAAUUCAACAGCUAUUUACGAAGAUAUUAUCAAAUACCAAAACCUGAAAGCUGUAUUUCUUCUUUACGAAAGAGAGAAAAACUUCAUAGUUCCAUGGUGCGCUGCAUUUCCUCAAACUAUAGAUAUUUUCAAAAAUGAAAAAUUUCCUGAUAAAAUUGAUUUUAAGGAAAGAAAUAUUCUACAAUAUGCAUGCAUGUCACAAAAUUCCGAUAUUUUCGUAUUUUUAUUUAACUCAACUGACAAAUUUGAUGUCAAUUAUCAUGAUAAAAAUGAAAUGACUGCUCUUCAUUACGCCGCAAUGUAUAAUAAUACAGAUGCAGUAUUUAUUCUUAUUUCACAUGGUGCUGAUGUCAAUGCUAAAACUAUACUCUUUCAUUUCAUAUUAAUCAUUAUUAUAUGA